UUACAGAAUUAUAGAGUUUUUCAAGAAGAUGUGUUUUGGUUAUCUGUAUUUCUCCCAGUGUUAUUCUGAGCUACCUCCCUUCUUUUUGUAUGUCUAGGCAGUACUGUGUGGGAGCUUUUGGUAUAAGGAAUAUGGUCUGGUCCAGUGCAGUGAACACAGGCCGACUGUGGAGGUCAGGGGUUUUCUUCAACAGAUGGCUUUGCCUCUCCUGGAGAGACUGAACCAACUCCUGGAAGACAAACAGCCUGCCAGCUUCUCCCCCAACAUCUGCAAUCGGCACAUUUCUGGUUUGUCAACAAAGCAGGCAUACGGGUUGGAGAUAGCCUCUAGGGUCUGGACAGCCUCUGUGCCUGUCGUGAAAGGAAUCUCCACCCAGUCUUUGAGGGAGCCAGUCAAUUUAGCUCAAUCCCAGGACACUGGUCUGCAGGCCAUCUCAGCACCGACACACAAUUCCCAAAGACACACCGCAUCUACUGGCAUUCAUUCCCAGGAAAGCCAGCCGAUGAAAGAGUCUGCUCAGCCUACACAUUCUAUCUCUGUCCCCACAAUUCCAGAAGAGGAGUGGGCCAAGCUACUGGAGCUCUCUCCUCUGUUCCAGCUGUUGAAGGGGCUGGAGCUACAGCUGAAGGGUUGGGCCUGCGGGGCAGGGCUUCUUAGAGGAGUGCUUGAAGACAGAGGCAAGGGUUUUGUAGACGUCCUCGAUGCUCAGUGGGAAUGUGAGGGAGAGCUGAUCCCUUUGGACCUCUCGCUCCUUAACCCCAGAGAGUUCCUGGUCUACCAGCACGGACUUUUCCUGAUGCAUACAUUGCAUAAUCUAAAACUGACUCCAGCCAUUUCACUUCAGAUAGCAGCUAGUCUCCCAAACAACAACUACUUUAACAACGCCUUCAGAAAUUCCUUCUUUUAUCAGGAGGCAGAGGAGACGCUCUUUGUCCGUCGCCAGAGGCUCCAGUCAGUUGGAGGCUUCUCUCUGCUGCUGCUCCACUGUCUGUGCCAUGUCAAGAUUAAAGACAUGAGCUCUGACUCCAGUCCUGCCUUCCAGAGGCUUUUCUUCAAGAUACUGCAGGCAUGUCUGGGAGAACUGUUUCAGGCCAGACUGGGCAUGCCCUCCCCUGGACAGGAAGCCAAUUUGUGUGUGUUGUUUCAGGACCCAGAGUCACCUUCAGGGGUCUUGAAGAGGACCCUUUCAGACUCUCAUGCUGCCUCCCUACUUUACAGGUUUCACAAACCAAGCAGAGGAUUGCUGUCUGAAGAUGAAGUUGAAGAACUUCAAAGGAAGCACAGAGAAACAUCUCUGCUCUCCCAUCUUGAAGGACUUUUAAGAGAGAAGAGCUCUGAAAUGUGACGGAAGUGCUUCUAUUUGAAAGAGAAGAAAAAUUCUUACUUGCUACAAUUCAUACUUCAUUCAAAGCAAAGUUUUCUUCUAAAGUGUUACAAUCAUAGGAGAAAUGCAAAGACAAAAUUGGUAAACAUAGAGAUGUUUAUGCUUAUAUAUAUGUGUGCAAUGUAAAAAUAGACAAAAAUAACAAAUACAAGCAAAACGUACAAUGUUACCUUUGUUUUCCAUAUUAUUAUAUCAGUUCAGAUAAGUCAUGCAAAGAUAAGUGUUAACAGAGAGGCAACGGAAGCUAGACACUUCAAAAUACUGUAUGCAGAACACUGUACUUAUUUACUGUUAUAUUUUACAUUGUUUUGGAUUUUAGUGAGUGACCAUGACUUUAAUACUAACCCCCAUAUCAAACCCUAAACCUAGCUCCCAUCAACUUCCAAACACAUUUUGCCUGAAAAAGGUUCCAGUUUCACCCUAGUGUUAGGUGUUACCAGUUCACAAUUUACAUUGUUUUGUCAAACAAUAUGAAAAUCUUACCAAAUUACAUUAAUUUGACAAAUUUUGAGUCAAGAGCUAUUGCUAUUAUGAUUUGUUUUCCUUUGUAUUGAGGCAGGAUAAAAACAUGACAAACUAACACACAAAAAAACGCAUCAUCAUGUGUGGUAACUCAAAAGACAAAAAUUGUCAGCAUUUUUAGAUCAUUUUAUGUUUUGUUAUAUUUGUUAUGUCUACAACUAUUUUGU